AUGGCGAAUAAUUCUGAUACUGAUAAUGACGACUCCAACAUAGAUGUUGCACCAAAUUCAGGUUCAGAUAUUGAUAGUCUCCAAGGUUCAGAUAAAGAGGGUCAUUCAAGACCCCCUAUGAAGAGGAAAGGUGAUGGAAGAUUGGAAGUUAGAACAUUCCAGCAGAAGCAAUUUUCAUAUCAUAACAAGAGUGUCAAAUCUGGGUGGGUUGGCAGAAAAUAUGUUAACAGAUUUAGGGAGAAUCCCAAGCUGGAUUAUGCUAGCUUCAAAAAUCUGGUAGCAGAAGACUACUGUGAUUUAGUCACCAAACAAGGAAAAUUUCAAAGAUUGUACAUGUGCUUUACUGGGGUGAAAAAAGGAUUUUUGGAUGCUUGUAGGCUUGUGUUUGGUUUAGAUGGGACUUUUCUCAAAGGUGCAGCUAGUGGAGUAUUGCUGACAGCAGCUGGAGUUAAUCCAAAUAAUGGUUUGUACCUAAUUGCUUAUGCAGCAACUGAGGGAGAAACUAAGCAUUCUUGGAUUUGGUUUCUUGCUUUAGUUAAGGAGGAUCUAAAAAUUGAAAAAGACCAUGAAUGGAUCAUAAUGAGUGACAAGCAGAAGGGCAAAAUUCAGACAUGUGAAAUAGUUUUUCUAGGGGCUGAUCAUAGAUUUUGUAUGAAGCAUAUGCAUAGCAAUAUGGCAACUGCUGGAUUCAAAAGGACAGCCAUGAGGCGAGCUCUAUGGAAAGCAGCUAAGGCAACUACUCAUGCACAAUUCAUAACAAGAAUGGAAGCCAUAGGAAAAUUAGAUGUUGAUGCAAUUAAGUGGUUAGAGGACAAGAAUUCAGCAGAGUGGAGUAAAUCACACUUCAGAACAUUCUCUAAAUGUGCUAUUUUGUUGAAUAACAUAUGUAAAUCAUUUAACAGUAAAAUAUUAGAUGCCAGGGAGGGGUCCAUUGUUGUCAUGAUGGAGGCAUUAAGGCAUUUUGUCAUGCAAAGAAUGCAGGAAAAUAGAGAUAGAGCUAGUGAAAAGUGGAGUAAAUUUGAUUUCUAUCCAAAAAUCAGAAAAAGGAUGACGGUCAAUAUUGACAAGGCAACUUACUAUGUGCCUUACAAAUCAAAUGAUGUGAGUUUUGAAAUUGCUUGUCCUUAUGGUGAAAAGUGGACGGUCAAUAUUGAGGAUUGGACUUGCUCAUGCAGGAAAUGGGAUUUGAUAGGGAUACCAUGCUCUCAUGCAAAUUUAGCUUUGUGGAUUGCUAUGAAGGACCCUAUGCAGUACAUUAAUGGCUGCUACACUAUUAAAAUGUAUCUUAAAUGUUAUGAUUCUUGCAUUUUACCUGUGAGUGGAAAGAAUGAGCGGGAAGAUGUAGAUAUUCAGGCACCCCUCCCACCAACAUAUGGAAAAGCACCAUGA